GUAAAAAAGCAAAAAAUAACUUCUCCACGAUCCAAACCCGAACUCGUCUUUCUCCAUAACCCGAGCGGCGAAUCCUAACUUCGAGCUACGGUUUUCAUUGGAAGAGCCUGUGUGCAAUUCUACAGACUGUUUUUGGCGCUCGAUCGGAAUCCGGAGGCGAGCCAUGUCGAGGCUGUGGUCUAGGUUUUCUGGAUUGUUCAGUAGCAGGAAAUUUAUCGGUGUCGACAGAGUGGGGAACAAGUAUUUCUCCAGAACCGAAGAGAUUGAUGGAAUCGUUAAGGAGAAAAGAUGGGUCAUCUUUAAAAGAGAGGAGGAUCCGACCUCUGUCCCCGUUGAAUGGAUAUGUUGGCUGAAUGGGCAGCGGAAAAGGGCUCCUACUCCCGAGGAGAUGGCUGAACUUGAAGCAAGACGCGAACGUGUGAAGCUUAAUGUUGCGAUUCUUAAAAAAGAAGAGGAGGAGAAGAAAGCCCGAGAAGCCAGUGGAACUGGACGCAAAAUCAUAAGCAGUAAAGCUGAAGGUCCAGAUUUGAAGAGCUUCAUUCAACAAUUCCCAGCUGAUUCCAAAGGCGAGAAGCUCGAGGAAGCCCAUGAACAAGCAAACGAAUCUCGUGUCAAGGAACCAAAACCAAAACCCGAACCCGACAUUGCAGAGCGGCACAUACCAAAAUCGACAGAACCAACUGGGUCUGGAGCUUCGUUUCAGCCCGGAACAUGGCAACCUCCAACCUGAGCUCUCUUCUUCUUUUCACAUUGCAGGAAGCCAUCUUCUUGUGUUUGUGUCUUUGUUGGCUUUUGUCUCUUCACUUGGUGUUUCCAGACAUUAUGAGUUAAAGUUACUUUUUCUUUUGACUUUAAUUUUUGGGGAUACAAAUGAUUUAUUAAUCGGCGGAAUAAAAUUAUAAAUAUGUAACA